AUGAAAACUAUAUUCAUAAUCAAUAUCAUAGUUGUAUUCUCAUUAAGGUUAAAAUCUGGUUAGUGUUUCUAAUGUUAAGCCGUUAAUGAUUAUUUGGAAAAAUUUGGAUUACCAGAUCAUGUUGAUGGAUCAGGUGCUUCAAAAUUAGUUUUCACAGGUGAUGUCUCCUUUGUUACAGGAACUGUUAAUGCAAAGGUUAAUUUGAGAUAUAGUGAUGCCGAUUUUUUUAAUGAUUAAAUACGUAUUGGUCUUAAAUUAUGGAGAUAUACAUCUAAUAAAUACUCUGAUCCAUUGAAAGUCACUGAUUUAACAAUAAUACCAUCAAACAAUUCGGAAAAAUAAUGGAGAUUUUAUUCAUUCAUUAUUCCUUAAAAUGAAUUCAAAAUUAAAUUAGUUGAAACAUCUAAUUCUGAUUAAUUCAUUUACACAGGAUAUUAUGCACUUACAUUUUACGGAGCUGGUAUAGAUUAACUCUAUUAUACAUUCUUUUUUGAAUUUUCUUAUGUUAUUGGUAAAGAAAAAGGGCUCGCAAUCGACACUUUUUUCAAAACUUUGAGCCAAAAGUCAACUGCAGGUUGCACAAUAAGUAGCGGUUGCAAUGUCAAAUCUGAUACAUAAUUAAAGUGGUGCACCGAUUUGAAAUGUACUGCAUAUGCUACCCCAGAUCUUCAUUUCAAAGAUGAGUUUAUUCUAUAAUAAGUUACUACUACUCCCGGAAUAUAGGGUUAUUAUUUGACUAAAACAGAAGUUUGGUACACAGGAAAAGGAUUAUUAAAGAAAGCAUCACCAAUUUCUAUAAAUAAUAAAAUUCGAGGAUAAGUCAUUAUUUCAUUGAAGGCUGAAAUUGUAUGGACUGAAGUCACAAUUAAAGUUAUUUCCACUUUGUCAAUAUUAUAAUCAGAAAGAAAAAGAGUGAGGGGUUAAACUGAAUUUGACAAAGUUUCUGGAGAAAGUUAAUAAAUUGAGUGUAUAAAAGCAUAAGGAUCAGAUUCAUGUGCAACAUGUGAAUAAGAAUUAGAAAUUAAUGGGUUUGCUCAUGAUGGAUGUUAAUUUCCCUAAUCUUAGGAAUAGAUAGGAUUUGCUUUCUGGGGUAUAGUUUUAAUUUUGAUAAUAAUAUUCCUUAAUUUAUCCGAAAUUAAAUCAUACAUAUUAUGA